UGCGUCAGACAACAUCCCAAAAGCAGAUGCAAUCCGGACCCUCAUCAAGGAUCUGUGGGACACGCGCAUGGCCAAGCUUCGGGUUUCUGCUGACAGCUUCGUGCAGCAGCAGGAGGCCCAUGCCAAGCUGGAUAACUUGACCUUGAUGGAGAUCAAUACCAGUGGGGCUUUCCUUACACAAGCACUCAAUCACAUGUACAAGCUCCGAACAAACCUCCAGCCUUCUGAGAGUGUCCAAUCUCAGGACUUCUAGAGGCCUGUGAUGUGUAGCGGUGUCUGCCGACAGGAAGCUCAUUGGGUGAGGUGUGAAUACUUAGGACACAGUAGAGGUACUCAUGGUUCCUGAGUUCUGGAAACUUUUUUUGCAGUGCUUGGGAUCAAAUGGGAACAUUUUUGAAUGUAUGAGAAAUGUGUAAUGGCAGAAGGAAUGGAUUUCUAACAUCGGUGGAGAACCAAUAGUUAUGUCUAUAAUUAGUCCUCAAAAUACACUUCACUGCAUGUUCAGUUCCUCACCUAAUUCUAGAAGCCAGCUUAUCUUUCAUGGGGAAAGGAAACAGCUUCAGUUUCUCCCUAGCAGAGCCUGAGGUGUCCUGCAUGGUGAUAGAUCAAUGACUAGUGUAGAUAUAGCAGGUAUGCUGCAUGGCCAGGGCCAUUUUCCCUUCUUGAUCCUGAUUUCUUUGUGUUAAAUAAAGAGUCUUCUGCAGAGGUUCCUCACACAGGAUGGCAGAUGGAAUGGCUAGUAAUGUUGACCAGUGUUUAUCAUCUAAGCCCAAUCUGUAAUAAAAACAUGAUCAGCCCAAAUCUAACUUUGUUGGGUUUCUGUCCUGCAUAACUACCAAGUAGAAAGUGGGCACUGUAGUGAAGAUAAUCUGAUAAGCAGGCAGGUAUACAACAGCUGAUUGGAAACCGUAGACCCACACUCAAGGGGAAAACUAAUCCAUUGUGUCAAGUGAGGCUUAAGACAGUGCUAGCAACAAAGGUUGGGUCUUAACACUGCUCUCAGUGUACUCAAGGGAAGGAAGCACUCUUUGCUGUAGACGACAGUGGCUUGGAGGAAAUUUUUUUUUCUAAGAGAAAAUUACUGAUUACUCAACUGUUGCAUUUUUGAAUUGUUAGGUCCCUUAUAGACAGUAUACUGUCUCCAAAGGGGAAGUGAUUGUCCAGUGCCAUACAGUAAUAGUUCCAUAACCAGCCUGUUUUGAGUUAACAAGCUUCGGUUCAAAAGCUGUAAGGAGUGUCUGGGAGCUCUCCAGAGCUGUGAGUGCAGGUGCCUGCCCCACUCAGCCUGGAGCAGUGGCUGGCAUCUACCGUUGGUUCAAGUUACCUGAGUGCUAUUUCUCUGGUCCAGUGCUGCCCAGAUGUCUCCAUCCGUAGAUGCUAGUGGUUAUUUUAGCACUGAGGGGCUAGAGGAUUAGGACCAGAUGACGGGUUCUCUGUAAAUUAAGGUGCUGUUCAGAGGAUUGGUUUCAGGUGAAAGGACUUGCUUUUCCAUCUCUUACCUGAAUCCUUCAGAUUUCAUCUGGAAAUCGUAGAACAAAACCACGUGUUAUUGUGGAGGGUCAGAGGGUGUGUGUUUCAGAUCUCACCCCUAGUAUCUUGCUUUUAAAC